GGCGAGGGCUCCCCGGCCGCCCCCGCCCGGCCAGCCCCGCUCCCUGGUACCGGGGGCUGCUGGGGUUGUGUCCAAGGCCUCCCCCUCCCCCGCGUACACACUCACACACACAGACACACGCACACACACACUCACACUCACACACACACACACACACACACCCCAUCUCCUCCUGCCGCCGCCGCCGCCGCCGCCGGAGAGAUCGGGGAUCGCCCGCGGCCCGGCCCCGCUCCCGGCUGCGCCCCGUGCCCGGGCGCAUCGCACCCCGCGGGGGCUCGCCCGGCUGCCCCCGGGGCGGCGUGCGCGGGGCGGGGGGUGCGGGAGGGCGGGGGGACACACGGCGGCUCCCACGGCGGCUCCCGAUGGCUCGUCCGCGGCCCCGAGAAUACAAGGCUGGAGACCUGGUGUUCGCCAAAAUGAAGGGGUACCCGCACUGGCCGGCCCGGAUUGAUGAACUCCCUGAAGGAGCUGUGAAACCUCCAGCAAAUAAAUACCCCAUCUUCUUUUUUGGGACUCAUGAAACUGCGUUCCUGGGCCCCAAAGACCUUUUCCCGUAUAAAGAAUAUAAAGAUAAGUUUGGGAAGUCGAACAAGCGAAAAGGAUUUAAUGAAGGCCUGUGGGAAAUAGAAAACAACCCUGGAGUAAAGUUUACUGGAUAUCAGGCAAUUCAGCAACAGAGCUCAUCAGAAACUGAAGGAGAAGGUGGAAAUACAGCAGAUGCCAGCAGUGAGGAAGAAGGUGAUCGGGUAGAAGAGGAUGGAAAAGGAAAAAGAAAGAAUGAAAAAGCCGGCUCAAAACGGAAAAAAUCCUACACUUCAAAGAAAUCCUCCAAGCAGUCACGGAAAUCUCCUGGAGAUGAAGAUGAUAAGGACUGCAAAGAGGAAGAAAAUAAGAGCAGCUCUGAUGCUGGGGACGCAGGCAAUGACACAAGAAACACUUCUUCAGAUUUGCAGAAAACCAGUGAAGGGACUUAACCAACAUAAUGACUGCUGAAUAUUAAGGGAAAACACAAGAAGGUUACAUGUUUGGUUGUCUAAUAUUCUUGGAUUUGAUAUGAGUCACCACAUCUGUUCAUUAGUACCAUCAACAGCAUCCCAGUUUGUAUGCACAUUAUUCACAUUCCUAUCUGUUGUGUUUGCAGAAAUGACAUUUUUACCCUUUUUUCUAAGGGUUACUUUUUGAUUUUCAUAUUAUUUGGUUGCAUGAAGUUGCCCUUUACCAGUGGCUGAGGUUUAUGAAGAUAUCGCAUACUUGAACACAUUUUACAUUCCUUUUCUAGACGGAAAAGGCGUAAUUCCAAAUUAUAUCAUUCUAAAUCAGUGUUUUUUAAACACAACUAAAUCUUAGAAAUUAGUCCCCUCCAUACGAUGCUACAAUAUCUUCCACGUGCAAACAUAAUUUUAAAUUUCCCUAUAUCCAUUCUUUCUUGAGUUCUGAUCAGUUUACAACAUAAAAGAAAAAUUCUUCUUCAGUUGAGGUCACCGCCAAGUUCAAUAAUGUAAUAAAAUACCUUUCCUUAUUAGAAGUACCUAGCUAGUUAUACUCUUAAUACUUCUCCAAACCAUGAUGUAAUGUACACUAUCUGACUUAGUUCCUAUAUGUGGAGUUAGUGAAAGUCUUUUUGUGUUUCUUUAGAUUAAUACAAGGAUUUUUUCCAAUGCCAACACAAUUUGAAAUCAUUCAUUUGGAUGCUUUCCAUUUUUAAGCUUACUGUGAUAUAGAACCCUAUGGGAAACCAAAACAAAACAUCAAUUUUAAAUAACGAAAGGCUUAAAAAAGGAUGCUGUCAUUCUGGCUUUUUUUUCCUUUUGGAAAUAGAACUAGACUAGUAAGUAAGCAUUCCAAAUCCAUUACUCUGUGUACAUUAUUGUUGCUAUUGUGAUAAUAGAGAUUUUUAUUUAUUUUUAUGCCAGCUUUUAUUGUGAAAACAUAUUUAGUCUGGUUUUAUCAAUCCUUGUUAUGCUUGUCCUUGGAACAUCUUUUGCGUAUUCAAGGUUUGUAGUUGAUGAGUUUACUGUAAAAAACUAAAAAAAAAAAAAAAAAAAACACACAGAAAAAAAAACCAACAAAAAAACCACAAAACAAAAAGGAAACAAAAAAAUGUAUUGUUUUUACAGAAUAAAUUUAUUGGAAUGUGUAUUGGGAGUAAGGUUUGAGGUUGUAAGCAACUAAGUUAGCGUCAUAUUUGGCUUCAUACGUGUAAUAAUGUGAGGUAUUAAUGUAAGUCAAGUAUUAAAGCAAAACAUUCUGUUAACAUGAGUUGACCAUAAUAGAUACAAGUGCAGGUGAGAUCUUUUAUUUUUUCUGUACUUUGCCUUUUCUGGAUAACGGGAGGUCAUUAAAUUCACCUUGAAUGUA